AUUGGUGACCCUCUGGCCCACCAAGCAGAGCAGUUGUUAAGACUGCAUGCCCCCUACCCAGGGGAUGACCUAGUUGAUGAGGAGACUUUCUCGGAGGAGAGGUUCCUGGUCUAUCAGACAUCAGAUACACAUCACCUAAUAAUGGAUAGAGGUUCCCACCUAGCGGACGACCUAGAAAUACCAUCGCACCUACUGGCCAACCCUGAGUUUUUUGUCAGUGACUGGUACAUGAAAUGA